CUCACACAUUUUUCACACAGUCUCUAGCUGCAAGUGCUCGUGAAAGUAACGAAAAAUUAUUGCUCAAUUAUUUGCAUUAAAUUCCUUUACAUAUCUAUUUACAUACAUACUUGUCUAGUAAAUACUUAAAUUAGAAUUUAUUGCAAUGUUGUACAAAAUAGCUUUAAUUACGCUAUUAAGCAUAACAACAACAAUCAGUGCACGUAGUCUUGAAGGAUAUAAAUGUAGGGAGCAAACUAUCUUAACCGAAGAUCCACUCACACCAUUACGUACGGUGCGUAUAUGUGGCGUAAUGGAUUAUCCAACUGGGCGGACGAAUUAUUAUCAAACCGUGGCGGAUAUUGGAGAGAAAGUACAUCCAUCUGCACCCACCAGUAAUUAUUUCAACCGUCGAUAUAGCAGCAGUGGCGCUUGGCCCAGUCAAGAUCAGCGCUUUCAACGUACAUUCUCACCCCCAUUCUCACAUUGGCCUGCACAGCCCGUACAAACGGAGAGUAACGAAAGUGAAAAACUACUUUUGAAUUUCUUCAAAAGUAUGCAACCGUUAAAUGAGCCGAAGUUUGAGGUAGCAGCAACAAAUUAUCCUUCGAAUACUGCUAGCACUUUGAACGCUGACAAACUGUUAGAAGUGCAACGUUUCAAUGAGCAGAGUGUGAAUACGAUUGCUGAGGAGGCAACUGAAAUAAAAAGUUCGGUUACAGAUGUUGUAGCGCAGAUGAAGAAUAUGCUCGGUACACUGCUACUGGCAAAGGCGAAGCAAGCUGAAGAGAGUACUAUUAAUAUUAAUGUGAAUUUGAAGUUGGAUUCCUCUUUCCAAUCUUUAUUGCAAGAUUUUCUCGUGCUAGCAAAAGCAGAUAUGGAUAGCGGUAAAAAUGUGGCGACUGACGAGUCAGCUGAAAAUGUUAGUGUAGAUAAUAAUAAUAAUGAUGAAAAUGAUGAUAAUAAUGUGUUAGGAAGACAAGACAACUCUGAGGAGCAUGUGACACAGGAGCAAAUUGAUAGUGAAGAGAGCUCAAAUGAAAGUGAUGACAAAGAAGAUUCAGAGGCUAAAAGCUCUUCAGAAGAUUUUGAUACUUGGUUUCGUAUUCAUUUCGGGCCGUCCGUGAAAUUACAUCAUACUGAGGAAGAUACAGAUAAUGAUGAUGGUGAAGCGGAUAAUUCUAGUGAGAAAUCAGAAGAAAGUUUUGAAUCGUGGUUCAAUGCGGUCUAUCGUAAAUAUGCGACUGUAGAGGAGAAGGAUUAUGAAACCCCAGAAGAGUCUACGACAAAUGCACAAGCAAGUAACGAGAUUAUACAAAGUGAAAAUAUUGAUAGCUCAAAUGAAAAUAACAGUCAUAAUGAGCAUGAUGAGUGGAAAAUAGUCGAAGAGGAACAAAAGUCCGCAGAAGUAAAUAGUGAAGAUAGCAACGACGAUAAUGAUGAUAACAAUGAUUAUGCGACUUUCUUUGUACCAACAACUAUGGAUCCUACACAACGAGAUGUAUCAGCUGAGUUUCUGUUAAAUGAUAAUAAAUAUCUUUACAGUACAGAAAAUAAUUUCAAUUACGAUGAAAUUUCGGAGCACGUUAAAUUGUCUUGCUUACUUGAAGCGCUAUCUUUAGACUCAUACAUAACAUGCCUAAAAAGAAAUUUUGAAGAACAAGAUGAACGCGUUGAAAUAGGAGACAAUUCUGAUUCCGCAAGUGAUUCGCAGGAGAGCGCCGAAACUGAAGGAGAUACAACAGACUCAAGUGAAUCAAAGGAGAGCGCCGAAACUGAAGGAGAUACUACAGACUCGAGCGAAUCAAAGGAGAGUGGCGAAACUGUAGGAGAUACAACAGACUCGAGCGAGUCAAAGGAGAGUGGCGAAACUGAAUCUGCUACAACAGACUCGAGUGAAUCCAAGGAGAGUGGCGAAACUGAAGGUGCUACAACAGACUCGAGCGAAUCAAAGGAGAGUGGCGAAACUGAAGGAGAUACAACAGGCUCGAGCGAAUCAAAGGAGAGUGGCGAAACUGAAUCUGCUACAACAGACUCAAGCGAAUCAAAGGAGAGCGCAGAAGCUGAAGGAGCCACAACAGACUCAAGCGAAUCAAAGGAGAGCGCAGAAGCUGAAGGAGCCACAACAGACUCAAGCGAAUCGAAGGAGAGCGCAGAAACUGAAGAGGAAAAUAAUUGGUAUGAUUAUAGUGAGAACAGAUUAAUAUGGAUUAAUGAAAAAUAAAAUAAAAAAUUAGAAAUAAAGUUUGAAUAUUUAAAAAUAAUUUGAAACGAAAACGACAAGAAAUAAACGAUUUUACUUGCAAAUGGUAAAGUUUUUAAUGAUAAAUGAAUUUAAAAAUAUAUUUUUAUGGAAAAAAAGAUGUAUUAUAAAAAAUUGGAUUUGAUUCAAGGCGUGAUUAAAAGUAAGUGGCUUGUGAAAAAAAUUAUAAAAAAAAAAUUGUAAUUUACAAAACAUUACAGAUGUAAAUGAAGCAUUUGUAUUUAUAAUCAGAAAAAAA